UGCUGUAACAAAUUAUAUUAUUCUCUCCGUAACACACCUCUCUCUCUCUCUCUCUCACACACACACACACACAUAGUCACAUGGCCCAAGAUAGCCAUCAAGAGCCACCAUGCCAGCAGCAGCACAUAACAACCAGCACCAGCACCGUAGCGAUCAUGUGGCCAUGGCAGCAGCACCGUGGAAGGGUUCGGCUACUCCUGCGGCGGCGAAAGAUGAAGACGGUAAAGCUGGGAGGAGAGGGGAAGAAGACGUCGGCGAAGAGAAGAAUGUUCCGCGGGCUUGUGAGGAUCUUGAGGAGGAUGAAGGUGAGGUGGCUGAAACUGCAGUACCUUCGCAUGUUGAAGAGACUGAAGGAACAUUACCGAAGCAUCUUGAAGGAUCUGGUUGAAGCUGGUGCCUCCGUUGAAACCUUUCAGCAGAGGCUUUUCAUGGAAACUAGUUUCGCUAUUCCUAUUGGUGUCUCUUUAUCUACCUAUCCUUCUCAUUUUGGAUCCGAUUGCCCAAGAACCAUCUUCAUGUAAUGUAAAUUUAUUAUUAUUAUUAUUAUUAUUAUUAUUAUUAUUA